AUGUAGUAGUAAUUUUAAUAUUAAUAGUAAUAGUAGUAGUAAUAAUAGUAGUAAUAGUAGUAGUAGUAAUAAUAAUAAUAACAAUAAUAAUAAUAGUAAUAACAAUAAUAAUAAUAAUAAUAAUAAUAGUAAUAAUAAUAGUAGUAAUAAUAAUAAUAAUAUUUGAAGUUUAUUCCUUUUUUUUAAAGGUUUAAGUAUCUAAAUUUGUGGCAUUCAGAAUAUUUUUUAUUGAAAGGAAUUUCCUUUAUAGCGAAAUAUGUAUAUAAUAUAAUUGUUAGUGAAUAAAUAACUCCUUUUACAUAAAAAAAUACAUAAAUGUGGAUUCAUUUAAGUAUAUUAUGUUAUUCAUUACUGAAUAUGAUGUAAUGUGUUCAAAAAGAAGGUUUCUAUUAUUUAAGAAAUUAAGAAAAAAUGAAACAAAAUAUACACCCUGAAUAAAUUGAAAAUUACACAUAAUAAGCAUUUAAAUAAGAAAAUGAAAUAAUAAUGAAAUAAUACGAACAACCUAAAUUAAUAAAGAAAUUAAAAAAUUAAUUUUGGUUUAAUGAUAUAAAAGAAUUCAAUAUAGAUAUAAUAGCUAAUAUAAUAGGAUUUACAAUUUAAGUAUUAAUUGUCGAAUAAAAAUGGAAUUUAUUAAUUGGAAUAACAAGAAGUUUUAUUAAUUUAACAGAUCAUUACUUUAGUUAAUUUUUACUUCCUUUUUACAUUUACGGUUAAGAAAUCAUAAUUUAAAGAUAAAAUAAUUUUUGUGAAUAAAAAAAGGAAGAAUUAAAAAUUAGAAGCAAGAAAUUUGAAGAAUUUAAAAAUACUUACAAAAGGCGUAAAAAUAGAUAAAUUUAACUUGAAGCAACUCCUGAAUAAAUAUAAUAUGAAGAAGAUAAAAAAGAACUAGAAAAUUAAAUUUAAUAAUUAAUGGAAAAAUAGUAAGAAUUAAUUUUUGAAAAAUAUAAAAGUGAGAAUUUAUUAAAAGAAAUAAAAAAAGAGAUAAAUCCAGCUUAGGAAGAACUUAACAAAGCUCGAAUUUUAUUAAGAAAAUUUGCCUAUGAAUGUAAAUAAAUAAAUAAUAGCGCAGUGAAAAAAAUGGAGGAAUUUUUUAAUAAUGAAGACGUGGAAAGAAACAGGAAAAAUAAACAUAAUUAAUAAUAAUUAAGUGCUAUUAUUUCCAAUUAAUUUAAAAAUGCAUAUGAGAUGUUAUAAAAAAAAUAGGAAAAAUUCCUACUUAUGAUAUCUAGAAAAGAAUUAGGUAAUUUUUAAUUUACAAGAAAUAAUGCUAAUUAUAUAGAAGAGGCUUGGAAUGAGGCUUUGGAUGUGAUUUUUAAAUAGAAUUCUUUGAAAAAUUUUAGAGUCAUUUUUAAUGAAUAUUAAAAUAGUAUGGCUAGGGUUAUAGGUAUCCAGCCUUUAUUAUUAGCGGCCAAUAUUUUAGUAAAUUUGGGCUAUAUUUGUUAUUAUAAGUAACUUAAUUUAUUAAGGGAAACCACUUUGAUGGCUUUUUAUAUUGUCUUUUCUAUUUUUUAAAUUUCGUUUCCACACCCUCUUAUUAUAAUAGAAUAUGGAAGUUAUAGAUUAAGGGAAAUUUGCUUAGAAAAAAAUGUUUAUAAAGAUUUAGAAAAUGUUAAUUGUGUAGAAAGUUUAUUAUGUAUGGAAAAAUUGGCAUGGAAUUUAAUUGAUGGAGACUUAAGUAUUAAGGCUUUACCAACAUUGUGUUUAAUGGACUAUAUUGCGACUGAUAUAUGUGCGAAUGCUUUUUAUUCUAUAAGGGCGAAAAUCAUGAAAAGUAUUGCUUUAAGUAGUAUUGGAUAUAUUAACGAAAGUUAUAUGUAAAUUUUAAAGGUUAUUAAUGAAAAAGAUUUACCUAGUCUAUGGUUUGGACAAAGUUAAUUUAUUUAAAAAGAAAAAGGAUGUUAUUGGUUUCCUGACUGUGAAAAAUUUAAUAAUAAUGCACAUCCUUUUUAAGAAAAAAAUAAAUAAAUUAUUGAAUAAUUAGUAAAUAAUAUAGAGUUACCGAAAAAUUUUCAUAUAAAAUAUGGAUAAUUAAAUGUCAAUUUAUUCUUAUAUGCAAAAUCAUAUUUACUUUUUGCAAUUAAUGAAAAUGAGAUUUUUGAACUUUAUGAUUUAAAUGAAUAGAGGAUUAAUUAUUUAAAUUAAGGUUAAAAAUAAUUAAGAUCUCUUUUAAAAAAAAUAGCCUUUGAAGAGGAGUUAUUAAAUAUUGAAACAGAAAUUUAAAAUAUGAAACUAAUAUUAGAAGAAUUGAAAAAAGAAAAUGAAAUAUAAGAUGAUGAAUAUUUUUCAAAUAAUGAAUUAUUAAUAGAUUAAAUUUUAAAAAGAGAAGAAUAUUUACUUAUGAUAGCACGUACUAGAUUUCUUAUAAAUAAGAUUUUUUAGUCUAUGAAUUUAUAUUCUAAAUGUUAUUAUGUAUUGGUAUAUGCAAUUAAUAACUUAUAUUAGUAUUGUAAUGAAUAUAGAUAAGUUGAAACUGGAGAAGAACUUGAAAAUAUAGAAAUAGAAAACACUAAACUUUAAAAUGAUUUAGAUAUUUUUAAAUUUUAAAAAAGUAAAUUAAUUAAAAAAAAUAGUAGUAAAAUUGAAAAACAAGAUAAUAAAAGCGAUUCAUCAAAUAUAAAAACUGUAUAAAAAAAAAAACAAGAAUAGGAAUAAUAAAGAGAAAAGUUAUGUUUUUUAACAGAAAAUAGAAAAUCCAGAAGACAUUUAAAUGCUUUUUGGUGGAUUAAAAUAAGGACAUAAAUAUGCAUUGUUUUAUUUAAAUAAAAUAGAUAUGAUGAUUGUUAAAAAUUGAUUGAAAUAGCUAAAAAAGAAUGCUUAUAGGUCAAAGAAUAAUAUUAUUAUGGAAUAUUAGAAUAAUAUACAGCAAGAAUAAACAUUAAGAAAGGAAAAAUAAAAGAAGCAAAUGAAAAAUUCGAAGAAACUAUAUAAUAUCAUAUAAAAUAUCAUUUAGAUGAAGAUUUUGAGUAUGUAAAUUUAUUAGGUGAUUAUGGAGAGAUAUUAUUUGAAAAAAAGUAACAUUAAUCGGCAUUGAAUUAUUUUUAAGAUGCUUAUUUAAAAGCAGAAAAAAUUUUAGAUGAAAUAAGUUAUGAUUGUACUUUAUAAAAUAUUAAUAAAAAGGCUUUCGAUGAAGGUGUUUAAACAUGUAGUGAAUUAUAAUUACCAUCUGAAAUAUAAGAAGAAAUACUAAAAAGAUAAGACAGGUCUUAAUAAAAUAUAAAAGCUGCAAGAAAAGAUUUAAAAAAAAAUAAUGAAGAUUAUAAAGGAAAAAAAGAUGAUUCAAAAGGAAAAAAAAAUGAAGAAAUAAAGACUGAUAUGAAAAUUGAAUCUCUUAAUCCUUUACCUAAUUAUGAUUUUAUGAAAGAAUGUAAAUAUACCUAUAAUAACAUAGAUAUUGAAAAUUCAAAUAAUGCAAAACUUAUUUAUAAUAAUUAUAUGAAAAAUAUAGCAAUAUAUAUGAGGGCUUGUUUAAGAUAUAUUAAUUGUUAUUUUGUUUUACAUGUUUAAGGUUAAGAAGUUGAUGAGAAGAUAUAUAAGAUGUUAAAGAAAUUAGAAAAUAUUAAUAAUUUAAGUAUAAAUUUUAUUGUACCAAUAUCUUUAAGGAUUGAAUUAAAUUACAUGUUUGCUUUAUUUUAUUAAGCAUUGUUUUAUAAAGAUCUUUUUUCAUUUUAAAAUUAUUAUAUUUAAUUAUAUCAGAAAAACAUUAAAUCUAAAGAUGAUUAAAUAAAAGAAUAAGCUAAAAAAUAUGAAUUACUAACUCUUAAAAAACCUCACAGGGAUGUUUGUAGGAAUAAAUAUUUAAUUGAGUUACCAAAUUUUUCUUAAAUUUUAAAAGAAAAUAUGAUCUCCUUACUCGAUGAAGCUUAAAAAAGACUAGAUUAGGCUUUGUCUAUUUUAGGAAGGGGCGAAUGCCUUUUUAUAGAAAAUAAUAGAUUAAGUGAAGACUUGUUUUUUUAAUAAGCUUAAAUAUGUCUAUUGAAAAGAGAAUAUAAGCCAAGAGUAAAUUACUAGUAUAUAGAUUUAAAAGAACUAUAAUAAAAAUACGAAUAAUUAAAUAAAGAUAAAUAAGAUACUCUGAACAAUGAAAUAGAUUAAUUAAUUAAAAACGAUCAAGAAGAAUCUUCAAAGUUUGAAUAAGAAGCGCAUAAUUGUUUAAAAUAUUCAAUUUUAGUUUCCAAAUAUAAAAUAAGCCUUAAAGAAAAUUUCCAUGAAGAAGCUAAAAAUUAAAUAACUAAUAUGAAUUAAUUACCAUCUGAUAUAUAUUAUAAUAUUAUAUAAAGCGAUUUAUUAUAUAAAUAAGAUUAUAAUUCUUAAUAAUCGGGUGUUAUUUUAUUUGAUGAGUCAUAAAAAAAAUAUAAUGUCAAUAGUGUUGAUUUAUUAUUAUAUUUAGUAAAAUUAAAUAAAGAAUCUUAAAUUUUAACAUUUACAAAUAGUUAUCUUUAAAAUUAAAUAACUAAAGUAUUUUUUUUUUUAUAUAAUUAUAAUAUUUUUAUAUAAAGUUACAUAGAUUUUUAAAAAACUAAUAUCAAAGUUAUGCUCAAAAUUAUGUUAUUUAAAAUAUAGAAACUUAAUCUAUUGAUGGUAUUUUUUUCUAUUUAAAUAUUUAUUUUUUUAAUAUAUAAUAUUAAAAAAAUAGGAUCAAUUAUAAUGAAAAGUAUUUAUAAUAAAGAGUUUGGUGAACAUAAAUUUUUAUAUAUAUUUGGUCAUUUGGAUAAAAGCUAAAUAAUUAGUUAGUUAACAUAAGAACAAUUAGAUGAAUUGAUUUUUGAAAACGAUAAAUAAAUAGUAUAUGGAUCUGUAAUAAAAUAUUUAUUUUUUUUAAAUAAAAUUAUAAUAAUAUAUUAGAUAUAUAUAAGUGAUUAAAAAUUAGACAAUUUAUUAUAAAGAAGCUUAGAUUUGAAAACUAAUAUGUAAAAAUCUGAUAAAAAACCACCUGCGACAAAAGAAAGAGACUAUAAAGUUCAUAAUAAGAAUUUUAUUUUAUUAUUUUAAGAUUUUGGUAUGCAUUUUUUCUUAAAGGAAGAGUAAUAUAAAAAUAAUGAUGAAAAUACGACUAGGGGUAAUGUUUUAAACUUUAGUUUAAAUAAAAAAGAAGAUAAAAAUAUAUUAGGAUAAUAUUAAUAAUUUAUUCCGGAAUUAAAUCAUGAGAAUAUUUAAAUUUUUAUUGAUUUAUUUAGUAUUACGGGACUUUAUUGUAAAAAUUAUAAUGUUUUGGCAAUUUUUAGAUACUUUCAUUUUUCUAAAUACUAAUGA